UGUCAAGGGCAUUCGAUUUCACCGGCGGAGAUGAAGCCGACGGUGGGGAUCGUGGUGUUGAACAAGAUGCAGAAGUUGGUGGUGGUGACCGUGGACCGCCUCUUCCACCACAAGGUGUACAACCGCUACGUCAAGCGCACGUCCAAGUUCAUAGCGCACGACGAGACCGACGACUGCAACAUCGGCGACCGGGUUAGGUUGGAUCCUUCUCGGCCCCUGAGCAAACAUAAGCAUUGGGUUGUUGCUGAAGUUCUUCGAAGAGCUAAGAUGUAUGUUCCAUCAUCUGCAACAGCUUCUAGUGAACUUGGUACUAAAACUCAACAGACUGCCACUGAUAACAAAUCAUCCACCUGAAGGUCCUGUGAGGCAUAGACACAGUUUGAUUUUUUCGAUCUGUUUGUUUCCUUGUGGAUGGAAAGAAUAAAGCAGCAGCUGUCAUUUUUGUUGAAUUUGGUUUGCCAUUCUGCAUACUCAUGAGUAGUGCUCUUUUUUUAUGGGAGUCCGUGAAGACGUAAUUACCAGAAUUAACAAGGCCAACGGAUUUAUCAAUCAUGGUAUUGCCUCACUUAUGAUCCACUGUUUUUGCAUUUGCAUGUAUCAAGUAUCAUUGUCAAUUUCCGUUGGGUUUUAAUAUCGAAAUAGGUAGUGCAAAUAGGAUGAAGGGCAACUGAAUUAUGGAAUUCAAAAUACUUGUGAAGGUUGGCCGGUAGGGAAGUUAUUGUAAAAUAAUUUCAUGUUGGUAUG